CGAAAUGGUGGUCGCCGACAAACGUAGGCAUCUGAUAGUCUCCACGGCGGGGAACUUCUUCAGCGCGUCCGUGCAACACGACGACGAGGACAUCGAGGAUCGCGAGAUCCUCGAUCGCUUCCUGGAGCAGUCCUCGUGCAGAACUCUAUGCGCCAGACCGGUCGACACCGAUCGGAAUCAAGUCCGCUUGAAAUUGAGCACCGAAUUGCCCGCCGGUAUAAGAAACACAUUGGUCUUCUUUAAGGUGACAGCGGCGACGGUAACGGAAGAGAACUUUCACGACGUGGUCCAGGUGGCUUCCACUGGCUGCGGGGAUGGAUCGGUACUGAUCGAGGGUCUUCGUCAGGUAUGGGCGCCGACUCUUCGCUCGUCUGGUUUAAGUACGUCUUGUUUGAAGAAAUUGGAGGAGGGACUACUCAACUCCGGAUUUUCGACUACCGUUGCGGAGGAAGAGGAAUUCUGGAAGCGGAAAAGGGAUGAAGCCAAACGGUCGCACGAGAGAACGAAUUGCGAGGAAGCUGCCAAGACUGUGAAGAACAUCAAACUUGAACUCGAAAGCGCCGCGGUGUCAAGAGAUGAAUUGAUCGCUGUAGAAGAAGCUUGUGAAGCUAUUUCUGUAUUCGUGGAUGAUUUAUGGAAGUUAGGGGGACCAGUGUAUACCGAGGAACGAAUGAAAUCGUUUCUCGAUGUAAUUGGAAACGAAGUGGUUCAGCUGAUACAAAAUUAUCUCGAUGCGGUCGACACGACCGAUAUUCGCGCAAAGGAUGAAACAAUCGCAUUCGGAGCGACAGUAUGCGAAAAGUGGGUGAACGCAACGCAGAAACUAACGGAGUUUUUCUGGCCGCAUCAUUCGCUCCAUCCUUGGCGCGGACCGAUCUUCGUACCCGAGAAAUGCUCGAAGCUCGGCAGAAACCUCAGGCAGAUGUCCGAGUUACGUGCGCAGCAUCGUCAAUUGAGUAAACUUCUGACUCCGAGUGAGAGAUCUGGACUCGGUAUCGAGAAAUUGCUCCAAACGUUUGAUGAUACGAGAGUUGCUCUGGGCAAUGAUGAAUGGGACAAUGAAUGGAACAGAUUAAGGCGUAAGAUCGAGGACGGCUUGAUACCAGCCGAAGAACGCGUUGCUCAGAAACUGAAGGAUCAUAUUGCUGAUGCUGAUACUCCAAGUGCUCUUGUAGCCGAAUUCGAGAGAUACAGCGAACUGAUGAAGAGGGAAGGGCUUAAGAGAGCCUUACGCGGAGAACGAGAGUCUCUGCUUGCAGCAUAUCGUGAUCUAAUCGAAAAUCGUUUAGCUGGUCCCGACACGGAAUAUCUUCUGGAUGCUCCCAAAGUGCUACAAGAGAUUCAAACCGCUAGAUCUGCGGAGGUACGGCUCGAGAGUUUAGCUAAAUUAGAAAAUGAUCUUCCGGGGUACGAAGAAGUGGCAGAGCGUUUGUCAAGCGCGCUGAAAGAAGCCGAAGAGAAAAGACGGGAUUUGGUUGAGUCAUGGAUAAACACCACCAAGAACGAUAUAACCAAGAAGGAUUUAAGCUUAGGCACCGAUUCGCCGGUGGUUGAACUUACUGGCACUAGCAUGAUGCGAGUGACCUACGAUCCUCGAUUGAUGACCCUGAUCAGAGAAGCCAGAGCACUAUCUGGCGAAGGCGUCGAAUUACCGAGGGAGAUUAGGGAGCUGGUAGAUAGAGCCUCGUCUUUAGCAGGACGAGCCAGAGCUCUUCAGCAGGUCGCUACAUUCCACAAUACGAUUGGCGAUCGAAUGGUGCCUUCCCAGAGACCGCUUAUGUUGACGAUAGCUCUCGAAUUAGCCCGAGCUGUUCAGGAACAGUCGGGUAUCGUUUGGUCUGACCCUCAUCUCGUCGACGUGUAUACCGCUAGAUUGAAAGAAUUGGUAGUGAAGUUUGCCCGACAAAACUCGGAAUUGAUUUCAAAGCACUCUACUUUGCGAGAUUAUGUAUCGGGUUUGUUGAAAGGAGAUGCUGUGCACCUUGUCGGAAAUCAAAACGUAUGGAAAGAAACGUUGACAAACAUGAGGGCAAUUGUCGACGCGGUGGAUUCAGAACAUGGUAAUGCGAGAGCUUGGAAGCUGCAUUGGGAUCGACAACUCUUGAAGGCGUUGGGCGUAGCAUACAGGAAUGCCUUGCCAUCUUUGUCGAGGAAGCUAUCCGAGAUUCGAGUGGAGCUCACUUUUCGGGAUGGAUCUUUACAAUGGAGACCGCCACUCGAGGAUGUUCGCGCAAAAUUAUACUCCGGUAUACGUCGAUCACUUUCUAUUCCUGUGAAUUUUAGAGGUGUCGGAGACGUCGCCGAUGCACGCUUCGGUGAUUUAGUGCAAAAAAACGCGUAUCUAUUCAGUGGCGUUUACAAACAAGUUGAAAUCGUCCUGUCCACUCUCGAAUUAUUUAGGACCAAAUGGUUAAAUCUAGCAACACCGGCCAAUAUCGACGUUGGUGAACGAUUGAAAGGUAAACCUCCUCAAGAAUGGGCGAAAGCUUUUAAGGAGGCUAAACAGUGGGCUCAAGAGGUUGGAAAAUUACGCGGAUGCGAAGUAAAAAUCUCGUGUAUAUGCAUCGACACAGCGACGACGAGAAAUGAUUUGGAAAUCGCAUCUCGUCAUUAUUGGGAACGGCUGAGUUCUGAUCUGAGAGUGGAAGCAUCCUCACGUCUGGUGGCUAUCGUAGACUUCCUGUCCUUCGCAUCCAAAGAGCUCGAACGUAGGCCGCGUGAUGUAGAAGAGGUCGGAUUAGCUCAUGAGGCUCAUGCACGUAUUGAGCAACAAUCAGCAGGAAUCGCCGAGGAGAGGCUCGCCAAAGUUAUGGCCGCGUGGACCAGUGAGAAGCUCGACGGCGUCAACGUGGCUCACGCCGCUUUGCAGGAUUUGGGGGAUCGUUUGGAAAAGCAUAAGGCUGUUAUGACGCGUCUGUUGGAGGACGCUAAAGUUAAUCUUCGUCACAGGGCGAUAGCACUAAGGGACGAAAGAGAAAGAUGGCAAGUCAAGUGGUCAGCGAGAUCGGAGAAUCUCACUCUCGAUUGGUUGGUGUCAAUGAAGGAACGUUGGCUCAAUCUAAACGGGCAGCUAGAUUCUUUGAAAGCGGACUGCAAGAGAAUAUCCCUGGAUCUCGAAAAUGUUGUGGAGGACGGUGACAUUAAUCUAUCACAAGUGGAACGUGAAUUGGAAACUGAAGAAUCAAAUUACAGAUUCCAAUCUGAGUUUUUGGAAGAGUUGAAAAAUCAAGAAACCGAGGAGUGGGCCGUAGCUAGAAGAAGAUUACCGAGACUCCAUGAUUGGCUCGAUUCCUGGGAGAAUAAGAUUCGAUUGCAUGACAAUAUGGAAAUCGAUACCUUCGUCGGUAAAAAGAUAAAGGAAGUUAGAUCUGCGAUCGAAUCCAUCCAGCCGCUUCGAGGAGAUGAAAUCGCCGACGAGCACUGGACUGAAUUAAUUCCUAUACUGGGCCUGAAAGUCGAAAAUCCACGGAGUAUCACUUUAGGUCACUUGCUUGCUUGUAUAGAAGCGCUGAAGGAGAAUGAGGAUCGAAUAAAAGAAAUAACGAAACGAGCAGUCGCGGAGAGCGGGAUCCGACAAGCAUUAAUAGACUUGGAGGUUUGGGAAAGCACGGCGUCACUUCCGUUACAGGAAUCAACCGAUAGCAAGAAUAUGAUGAUCUUACUCGUCGGAGAUUACGGCGGUCUCUUAGCAAAAAUAGAGGAAUUGAGACUCUUACUUGAAGGAGCGAAAGGCACUUCAGGACACGACAGAUUUGCGUCUAGAGCUGCGCGCUGCGAGGCGGCCUUAUCAGAGCUCGAAGAAAGAAUUAAGGCACUCAGUAAUGUUCAAAGGAAGUGGAUCUAUUUGGACCCGGUUUACGGAAGUGGAGCGGCUCCUAAUGACUCUGGGAAAUGGCCCAGAGCCGAUAAGGAAUUUAGAUAUCUCAUAGGGGAGGUAUCCCGAGAUCCCAGAGUACCGUCCCUGAGGCAACUUUCAUUACCAGCUUUAAUAAGUUUAAAGGAUCUGUUAGACAGAUGUCAGAAAUGUCUGGAUGAAUUUUUAGAGGAGAAACGAGCAGCUUAUCCGAGAUUGUACUUUCUUAGCGAUGAAGACCUUCUGGAAUUGGUAUCGGGCAGUGGAAGAGGUUUGGAGGCUCAUUUACCGAAAUUAUAUCACGGUAUUGGUUCAGUAGUAAAGGAGAAUAAUUCGUUAACGGCGAUUGUGUCGCCCGAGAGAGAAGUAUUAAAGUUACCUAAGGCCGUCGAUCUCACUGAACCUCUACCUCGUUGGCUACAUAAUCUCGAAAAGGGAAUAAGAAAUGCGCUCUGUCAGAGUUUGGAAAAGUGUUUGAACGACUCCACACCCGAUCCGUCCGUUUAUCCAACACAGAUAUUGCUACUGUCGGAAAGAAUAGGAUUUACCGAACGCUGCGAACGUGCUCUGAAAGAAGGUCGCGCGACUCUGCAGAAGCUUGUCGAAUAUCUGGAAACACAAAGAGCAAGAUACAGAGGACUGGAAGACGCUGGUGACAAGUUAACUGCGCUGAAAGCGCGUGGGCUUCUUCUGGAUACUGUUCAUCAUCUGCAAGUUGCUCGAACACUGUUAAAGAUCGUGAUAACAGGCGAGAAUGCUAGCUGGACAUGGCACAAACAAUUGAGAAGUUACAAAAUUAAUCAAGAUAAGUACGUAGUAAGAUGCGCUGGUGCGGAAUUACCGUAUCGCUUUGAGUAUCAAGGAGCAUCCAUUGGCUUGGUGAGAACUCCCUUAACAGAGAAGUGUUUCUUAGCUCUCACGCAAGCUAUGAAGCUUGGAUUGGGUGGGAGCCCAACUGGUCCCGCUGGAACCGGAAAAACCGAAAGUGUCAAAGCUCUAGCAUCUGUUUUGGGUAGACUAGUCCUCGUCUUCAAUUGUGAUGAAGGAAUGGACACUGGCAGCAUGAAGCGUAUCUUAGGCGGCUUGGCGCAAGCUGGUGCUUGGGGUUGUUUCGAUGAAUUCAAUCGUCUUGAGGAAGACACUUUGAGUGCAGUAUCGAUGUUGGUAAGGCCGCUUCAAGAGGCGUUACGGGACGGCUCGUCCGAGAUUUUGUUGGGCGAUCAGAAGAUCAAGCUAGAUCCUCAUUGUUGCAUUUUUAUCACGAUGAAUCCGGCCGGAAGCGAGUAUGGUGGCAGGCGUAAGCUGCCGGAUUCUUUAGCACGACUUUUUAGGCCUAUCAGCAUGGCGCAUCCGGACAAAUCGGACAUUGCCAAAACUCUGUUGGAGUGCGCCGGUUUCUUAGAAGCGACCACUCUCGGCAAACGAUUGGUAGAGGCUCUUGAAAUUGCCGGGACCAUACUUUCCGAGCAACCGCAUUAUGAUUGGGGGCUCAGGGCGCUUAAAUCUGUACUCAACGACCUGCGUCCGAUCGCCAAUGUUGAUGAGACCACCAGACUUCUUGUCUCGAUCAGGGCAUCGACUCUUCCGAAAUUAACGGAGGCAGAUACGACAAAAUUUCUGUCGUUGUUAGACGAUCUCUUUCCGAAAGCUAAUCUCCCUUUGUCGGUCUCCACUGAAAGCGAAGACCUGGUUGUCGCAUUGUUGAAAGUCUGCGAAACUCGGGGUUUGACGAAAGAGAUCACCAACAGAUGCAUUCAACUGAAUGACCUGUUAAAGAGCAGGACUGGUGUUGCCAUAGUCGGCCCACCGGGUAGUGGAAAAUCUUCGAUCAGGUCAUGUUUGACUGAAGCGUUGGCGAAAAUUGGUGUACCCAUACAACAGGUUAUUGUUUAUCCUGGAGCGAUACCAAAGAGCAAAUUAUUAGGUCACGUAAAUCCGCGAACGAGGGAAUGGAAGGAGGGUGUUUUGUCGAGCGCGGUAACGUCCGCUGGGAAUUCCGCGACCUGGAUCAUCUUUAAUGGAGAUGUGGAACCUGAAUGGGCAGAGGCGUUGAAUUCAGCCCUAGAUGAUAAUCGACUGCUAACUUUACCCAAUGGAAUAGGAAUUAAGCUUGGUAGCGGUACAAGGUUUAUUUUCGAGACCCAUAAACUCGCCGAUGCCAGUCCAGCUACGGUUUCGCGAUUGGGCGUUUUGCAUCUUGGCUCGACGAGACCGACAUCUUUAUUGGUGCCGUGGCGUUUAGAGCAACUCUCGUCAACUGCUGCGGAAAUUGCAAAUACCCAUUUAUGUUCGUGCCUUGAUGAAACUUUAAAGAUAAACGUUAAUAGUUCCUCCGCAUCCGGUCUGAUGGCCGCCACAUUGUAUCAUCUUCGUAAAGCGCAGACAUUCGCUCAGGCCACUCAAGCUCUUCUGGUCUCAUUAUGCGGCCAAGUGGAGAAUGCACAAUCCAAAAACGAUUUGGCGAAAUUUAUUUACGGAUCAACCGAAAGCUGGUGUCCUGAUCCACAAAAGCCAAGUGCGGUCCUUUACGAUUCCGAAACCGAUCGAUUGGUACCUUUCAGUGAUACAUAUGAAUCUGUUGAUACUGAUUAUGGACCGAUCUCAAUUUCAGAUCGCAUCAAGAAAGCAUUAGCAGCUAUUUUGCCCUGGAUAGAAGAUGGCCAUCCGAUUAUGAUUCGUGGACUUGAAGCUUGCGGUAAAAAUGCUUUGAUCGACGUUGCGUUGGCAAGAAUAAAAAAUCAGGAUGCCAUGACCGUGGUGCGAGGAUCUUCGCUUUACGGUCCUAACAAUCUCCUGAAUCGUUUGAAGAAGGCUUGCUUACGUUUGGAGUCUUCUUCGCAAGGUAGGACGUAUAAGCCGAGAAGCGGAUCUCGAAUGCUUCUUAUCUUGGAAGAUAUACAUCUCGCCGCUAAAGACUUACAGGAAUUGGUGAGGGAAUUGCUUCAAGAGGAAGGUUUUUUUGAGGAGGAUCUCGAAUUUUCUAAAAUAUCCGUAACAAUUAUAUGUACUGCCGACGUGAAUACUCGAUUACAUCCGAGACUUGAAGCUUUAUUUGCAACUUAUUAUUUAGAAUAUCCAAGUCAAAAGGAUGUCGCAGCCAUUCUGGAACUUCAUUUGAGAACUUCUUUGAAAGAAGUUGACUUUGUCAUAGCGGAGUCUUGGAUCGCCCGAAUAAAGCCUAGUAUUUUGGAUGCUUUCCGAUCUAUAAGUUCCACUCAGGAAUCUUCUUUUACCUGGACUCUUAAGGAUAUUGUUUUGUGGGCAAAACUCUUGAAACAUUAUCCUACUCCCGAAAACGAAGCGUACAUCACUCAUUACUUGUUAGACAUUGGACAACGUCUAUUUCGUGCGAGAUUAACGCCCAAGGCGCUGACACGGUGGGAAUCUCUGCUAAUUUCGAAAGAUUCCGAGGUAAAAGAUUUCAACAAUGAUGUAUAUGCGUGGAAGAGCGCGAAUAUUGGAUUGUAUCCUUUAAGUGAGGAGCAAUGGCGAGAAGAAAUAAUUAACGCAGCGGCCAGAUGUGCUAGAGAGGGUCAACCAGUGCAAGCAUCGAUUUCAUCUUAUCUUCUGGAAAUCAUAGCUGGACUGAGUUGGGCUAUUGGAUGUGAUUUUCGUGGUAUGGUUCUCAUUGGACGGCCUGGAGCAGGCAGGAGGUCAGCAGUUAAAUUGGUUGCAACAUUUUCUUCCUUACGACUUAUUGAUUCAGGACCUGAACGCGGUAAAGUGGCGGUAAAGAACGCUGUGCAGGCAGCGGGGAUCGAAAAUCAACCGACUUUGCUCCUGCUGGAGGAACAUCAUGUUAGGGAAGAAAGUUUAGCCGUAAUGGUGAGCGCCAUAGUAUCCAAAGGGGAAGUUCCAGGACUUUAUGCGGCGGAAGAGCUUGACGCGUUGGUUGCAUCGCUCGCCGAUUUGGCUCGAAGGGAAGAUUUUCAAGGGACGCUGGAGCAAUAUUUGUAUCAUCGCUUGCGCAAAUACCUCCGAAUAGUGGUGAUCUUGGAUUCAGAAGAGAUCGAAUCGUCGUCACUGCUACGUCUCGGCCUCCUUCGACAUUGCGCGCUGCUUGGAUCUGGACCUGGUGGUCCUGAUGAGUGGUGGUCCCGAGAAAGCUCGCUGAUCAAAUUAGCAAUUCAGGAGGAUACUUUGCAAUUGGACGAACUUGAGGAGCUAUCAAACUGCGCGAAGGUCAUAAUCGGAGCUCAUCUUCAAGCUCCUCGUUAUCAAAGGGCCCCGGCGCGAUUCUUCGCUCUAGUGCAUACCUGGAGAUACCUUCGCGACACGUGGAGUAAGGAGGUCGAAGAGAAGCUGCGAUCUCUUGAAGCUGGUAUUAGCAAGCUAAGAGAAGCCGGCGAUCAGGUGGCUAAGCUGGAGGAUGAAGUGUCCAGACAACGCCAAGAACUUGAGGUGGAAAAGGGAAGAGCCAAUGCAGCUCUUGAACAAAUCACUGCUACAAUGAGAGGUGCGACCACUCAAAGGGGAGAAAUGACAAGUUUGAAGGCUAAUACAGAACGCGAAAGUGCCGAACUCGCACGGCGUAAGGCGGACAUAGAGAGUGAAUUAGGAAAGGUUGAGCCUCUGGUAGCGCAAGCUGCUCAGGCUGUGGCUGGUAUAAGUGCCGAUGCAUUGGCUGAAGUUCGUUCGUUGAGAGCACCGCCAGCGCCGGUGAGGGAUGUGCUCGAAGGUGUUCUUCGGCUGAUGGGCAUAAAGGAUACAUCUUGGAACAGCAUGAAGACUUUCCUCGCCAAGCGAGGUGUCAAGGACGAAAUCAGAAAUUGGGACGCAAGACGUAGUACGCCUGCGAGUUUAGAAGCUGUUUCCAAAUUGAUAAAAGAACGUCCGGACAGCUUCGAAGAGAAAACCGCAAAGAGAGCAUCGGUGGCGGCAGCUCCAUUAGCCGCUUGGGUACUCGCAAAUCUUCAAUACGGUCAAAUAUUGGUACAAGUUGCUCCUCUAGAACGAGAACAACGUCAAUUAGCAGAUCGAUUAGCGGCGGCUGAAGCACAGUUGGGAAAAUUGGAAACGGGAUUAAAUACGGUGGAGAGCCGUGUGGCGCAGCUUCAGAAAGAGCUUGCCGAGCACACGAGAGGCGCAGCUGAAUUACAGUUGCGAACCGAAUCUGCAGAGGCCAGUCUAUCGACAGCGCGUGCUCUGUUACGGAAACUCGAUACUGAACAUCGUGAUUGGCAAACACAAUUCCAAGAACUGACAGCCAGAAAAGAACGACUGGACGUUGAGGCAGCUAAUGCAGCAGCUCUACUUGUAUAUCAGGAUCCUGAGAGAGAUGACAAUUGGAAGAAAUCAGCGACUAAGUUAUUAGUGACCGAACGAGAGAGAUUAUUGUGGAGGGCACAGGGUUUACCAGCAGACACGAGCAGCUUAGUCGCGGCCUCCCGUGUUCUGAAAGGACCCUUAGUACCUAUUUUCCUUGAUCCUUCGGGAGUAGCAGUCAUCUGGAUCAAACGCAAUUUUGGCACGCGACUCGAAAUAACUCAGCCUGAAAAUCCUAAAUUUUUGACGGCUUUGGAGCUCGCUGUGCGUUUCGGGAAACCUCUUUUGGUUGAGGAAGUAGUUGAAUUUCCAUCGAUACUUUUGCCCUUGCUUCGUCGAGGACCGCUUAGACUGGGCGAUCGUAUUUUGCCGGCUCAGGAAGGCUUUCAAUUAUUCCUGGCCACUAGGAAAGAUCGAUUAGAAGAUAUCCCGAAGGAAGCUGAUGCUGUGUUGUGCGAGAUCACGCUCGGUGCCGGUACGAAAAGCUUGGCAGAAAGAUUUGUAGAGAAGCUUUUACUGAACGAAACACCAGAGCUCGAGGCGCAAAGAAGAGAAGCCUUGGAGAGGGAAGAAAGAUUAUCCGGAGAACGGGACGCGGCCAGGCUGGAUGUGUUGAGUCAAUUAGCUACAGCUAGAGGCCAAGAUCUCUUACAAGAAUCCCAAGAACAAGGAGGUCUUUUGUCUUCAUUGGAAGCAACGCAAGCCAAGGCGAAAGAGAUAGCGAUCGCGCUUGAGGAAAGUAGACAAAGUUUGAACGAAGUUUCAAGGCGUGCCAAAAAUCACGAAAAGUUUGCGCAGUUUGCUGCUAAUGUUUAUGAGACUAUCAAAGGAUUGACACUUCUCAGUUCUUUAUACGUUAUCUCCACAGAAGCCUAUACCGAUAUCUGUUUGAAAGCGGUGCAAGAUGACAUUUCUUAUACAAAUGAAGACGGAAAGAAAGAAUCGCGAGGUCUAAUCGAGAAACGGUUGAUAACUCUGACGUUCCACCAUUGCGCGAAGGCGAUCUACAGGAAGCACAGGCUUCCACUAGCGUUGCACAUGGCGUUGUCAUUAAAUCCAGUGUCAGAUGUCGAGAGGAAUCUUUUAUUCGACAGCGGCGCGAUCUCCAAUGUCGAUAAUUCUGACUUUGAAUUACCCGAAUGGAUACCUGAUGAACGACGUGAAGCUGUACAAGCCUUAGGUUCUUCUCUGCCCAAUGUAGCCGUUAGGAUGAAAUCUUCUUGGCUGAACAAUAUUUCUGAUAUUUACGCGGAUAACGGACUCAGUGCUUUUCAAAAAGUUUUGAUCGUGAAGGCUUUGCGACCUGACUAUUUGCACACCGCUCUUUCCAAAUUGGCUGCAAAACAAUUAGGUGUGAAAGAUUUGGCACCGCCGCUGUGGUCAUUAAGUACGAUCGUCCAGGAGAAAGCGGGAUCAUAUGCUGUGUUAUUACUUUUAUCGCCGGGGACUGAUCCUGGUCCCGAACUCAAGGUAUUAGCUGAGAAAUAUACCUCUUCUGGAUUUACCGAGGUUUCUCUGGGUCAAGGACAUGUCACUCAAGCCGAAUUAGCGUUGGAAACCGCGUGCAGAAACGGUGGUUGGGUCUUGCUAAGCAAUUUGCAGCUCGCUUUAAAUUGGCUACCGCGACUAGAAAGUAUGCUUCGCUCAUCGAUGUGUACCACAAACAAAAAUUCCUCCACGAGGAUCUGGCUGACUACGGAGGAGUGUUCCGGAUUCUAUCCGGGUUUGGCGGGGCUUUGUCUAAAACUGGCGUACGAACCGCCCGAAGGCGUGAAGAGGAACAUGAGAAAAUCGCUUCAGCAGUUGCGACAGUCGCAGCGUAAUGGCGAUGAUGUCGCGGCCACUACAUUAGUGCUCGCCUGGUUACAUGCGACGCUUCAAGAAAGGCGAAACUUCGUUCCUCAAGGCUGGAUCAGACCAUACGAGUGGAACGAGUCGGAUCUCGAAGCUGCCUACGAGUUAGUAGUGAAGAACGUGGCGAAGGAAAAACGAUCUCAACGAGGAGACUGGCAAAUUGGCAGAGGUUUGCUCGACGUUGCGAUUUAUGGCGGACGGCUUCAAGAUGACUAUGACGCAAGGGCAUUGCGCUCGAUGAUUCGUAACAUAUGGUCCAAAGACAUUUUCGAGGGACGCCGGAAGCUGGGAGAUGUGUUGAAAGUGACCGACACGAUGGGCGAUCCGGUAAAGUUACUGGAGAUUAUGGAUGACGUCGAUUCACCGAAAGAGUACUUUGGACUCCCUGCUAAUGCUCAUAGAGCAUGGGAAAGAGCUGCUGCGGAAAAAGCUCUAACAUACCUUAAAGGUAUCUUGAUGAAGCCGUUAAACAACAGCGAAGGAAAUAGCGAUAAAUUAGAGAAGUCAAAAGUUCAACACGAUCUAAAAGUAGUUAUGGACCGACAGUGUUCCUUGACAUUCACAUGUGAUACAGGUGCCAUAAGCGAACGGAAAGGAAAUCCUUUACAGGACUUUUUCAUCGACGAGAUCGAUCUUACGAAGAAGUUAUUGCAGAUCGUACAAACGGACAUGGAUGCGUCAUCUUUUGAAGAUAACGAGACUCCCAAGCACUGGUUUGUGGAAUGGCGAACGGGCCCGAAAAACGCCGUUCAAUUCGCGAAAGCGCUUUUAUCCAACUACGAAGCACUAAAAUCCUCGGCGAUAAACAUACCCAGUCGAGUCGAUUUGUCCCAGUUGUCCCGACCACGAGCUCUUCUGACUGCCCUGAAGCAGCACACUGCACGAGAGCUCGGUUAUCCAUUGGAAACUCUUCAUCUUCGCGCCAAUUGGACCGAGAAUCGUACGAACAAAGAGUGGAAGGUAUCACUCCAGCUCGAAGGUUUACUUAUAUCAGGAGCCUCGAUCGAGGAAGGUGUCUUAAAGGAUCUGGACGUAAAUUCGGCAGCGGUCGCGGUUGCCCCGACAUGCCAAGUAGCAUUUAUGCCGGAGGAAUACUCGGACGAUAAAUCCGAUGGUAAUCUUUAUGCUCUUGAAGAUACUUAUCGACAAGAUUAUUUGAACAUACCAGUUUAUACAAGUGUCCAACGGGAGGCUUUAAUUUGUUCAUUACCGAUCAUGUGCCCGCGAGAGGAAUGCGACGCAUGGUUACGCCGUGGCGUCAUCCUGUAUCUGAAAUAAGUAGCUUUCGUAAUUGUCCCCGAUUAAACUGAUAAAGAUGAAGAUACAUGAUACGUUUGCAAGUAUUAGACGUUAAAUCAGAUCUAUAACAAAAAUAAA